AUGAUUGUUUCAUUCCUCAAUCAGAUACUUAUUUAUGACAAAGCACUGAAGCUAUCAUUAUCAUCUAUGUCAUCUGGAGAUACAACUGGACAAAUUGUGAAUCUUAUAUCUGUUGACGUUGCUGCAGUGCAACAAGUAAUACAACACAUGGCCUUUAUUAUUGCCACACCCAUUAAUUUAAUUCUUAGCUUUGCUUUUCUUGUCUGGAAAUUGGGAAUUGUUGCAGUUAUGAGCCUUGCUGUAUUCCUUAUUGUUAUACCAUUGCAAAUCCGAUUGAUUCAAACACAACAAAUUGCUCAGAAAACGUAUUUGUUACAUGCUGAUGCUCGAAUAAAGAAAGCUACUGAAAUUCUGCAGAGUGUGAAAAUACUAAAGAUGUAUGGAUGGGAAGAACUGUUUGCUUCUACUAUUAAGAAUAUACGUGGUGAUGAAAUGAAACAAAUAUCUGUCGUUGGUUUACAUACUUUGUUCUCAGGCGGUAUCGCCAAAAUCCUGCCAGUUAUCAUUCCGUUGGUGAUAUUCGUUUUGCAUUUGGCAAUUAGUUCAACACCACUCACACCUGAUCUAGUAUUUACCGUUCUACCACUGGCAAAUAUGUUGAUUGAAAUACUAUAUAUGGUUCCCUUUAAUAUUGCAUGUGUUACGGAAGGAUUGUCAAGUGUAAAACGAAUAGAAUGUUUUUUAUCUGAUGAUGAUGAUGAUGAUGAUUCUCGACCGGAGUGUUAUAAAAAAGAGGACAUAGAGAACGAUGACAAUAUCGAUGAAGUCUGUGAGUAUCUAUACUUGAAAAACGAACCGAGUGAUGUCAUGCCAUUGGUGUCGAGUAAUAAACUUCUGAGAUAUGAUGCAACCAGUGAUAAUCGAACAUCGUUGAUGGUGAAAACAAUUACAGAACCUGGAACAGCUGUCAAGAUAGAGAAUGGAAACUUUGGCUGGGGACACAGCGAAAAUAUACUAGCAUUGAAAAAUAUAAGUAUUGACAUUCCUACAGGAAAACUUACCAUGGUCAUAGGUAAAAUUGCUUCGGGUAAAUCAUCUCUUAUAAUGGCUCUUUUGGGAGAAAUAACCGGAUAUUCAGGUUCGGUGGAAUACAGAGACAACGCUAAAAUAUCCUAUGCGAGCCAAACGGCCUGGCUUCUGAAUGCUACACUACGUGAUAAUAUUAUAUUUUGGAAGGACUUUGAUCAAGUCAGAUACAAUGCAGUAUUAGAAGCAUGUGCAUUGAAACAGGAUAUACAGAUUCUUCCUGGUGGCGAUAUGACAGAGAUUGGUGCCAGAGGGAUUAAUUUGAGCGGGGGACAAAAGCAACGUAUAAGUUUAGCAAGAGCACUGUACGCUAAAACGGAUGUCGUUAUUUUGGACGACCCUUUAUCAGCGUUAGAUGUACAUGUUGGUGAUUAUGUAAUGAAAGAAGCAAUUCUGAAUUUCCUUCUGGGUGAUCGCCGUACAGUAAUAUUAGCUACUCACCAUUAUAAAUAUAUUGAAUAUGCAAAUAAGGUUGUGGUGAUGGAAAAUGGUCAAAUAUCUCAUCAAGGUAGUGUGUCCCACAUACAAAAGAAUUUCCCUGAGCUUUUCGAACAUUUGAAAAACAUGUUCGAUGAUAAUAAUAGUGAUGAAGGCACCAGUCGCAAUAUUACAUCUCCUAUGGGUUAUUCAGACAACUCAACAACAGAUAAACGAGCAACAAUGAACAAACUUGGUGCAAUCGUUAUGACACAUGUUAUUUCUUUGCAUUUAGCUUCAUUGGUUGUUGAGGAAGAGCAACAGCAGGGACCUAUAUCGUGGAGUACUUUAUACGAAUAUGCCAACUUUUUAACAAUACCGAUGGUGCUCCUCACACUUCUGUUAUUAAUUAUAUGUACUGGUGCAUAUGUCGUUAAUUAUUUGUGGCUUUCCAAGUGGGCUCAAGCUGAACAAAACAACAUACUGUCACAGAGAAUCUGGAGUUCUAUUGAUGGUAUUGUGUUUGCCAUUAUUCAAAUCCUGACAUCAGUUAUUGUGAAUACAAUUGUCAAUCCGUUGUUUUCCAUUACCCUGAUUCCAUUUGUCGUAGUUUCGUAUUUGAUCAAGAAGUAUUACCUGGGAAUAGCUAGGUUGGAAAGAAGAUUCCAACUGCGACUCCAUGAAUCAAUUGAAAGAAACAGCUUGUGUCAGAUAUUUGUUAUGACAUCAACUGCCUGGAUUGCAAAUGCAAUGUUACAGAUAUGUAACCUCUUUGUUCUGACUUGUGGAAUGUGUUCUCUGUUAGCGUGUGUUUAUUAUAACUUGGAACCAAGUUUUGUUGGAUUGGCUAUUACCACUAGCAUUACAGUGUAUGAUGGAAUAGGUAGCACAAUAUAUGAUCUUCUAGACUAUCAGACGUGUAUGAACAGUGUAGAACGUAUUAUAGAAUAUACGCAUGUUCCAAGUGAAUCUUAUAAAGGUAGCUGUAUUCCACAUGACAAUUGGCCUGAUACAGGAUCUAUUGAACUUAAACACGUUUCAGCAAGAUAUGCCGAGACGUCCAAUCCAGUUCUACACAAUAUCACACUACAAUUUAAACCAGGAGAAAAGAUUGGAAUAUGCGGUCGUACAGGGAGCGGCAAAUCAUCGUUAUCACUAACAUUGAUUCGUAUGAUCGACGUUUUUCAAGGACAAAUUAUUAUUGAUGGUAUUGAUAUUUCCCAAGUACCUUUGUUGAUUCUACGAAAGAGAAUGUCUAUUAUUCCACAGGAUCCACAUCUCUUUGCUGGAACUAUUAGAUUCAACUUGGACCCAGAAGGCAGGUACACCAACGAAAAAUUAUGGAAUGCUCUACACAUAGCACAGUUAAAGGACACGGUAGAGAUGAUGAGAGGACGCCUUGAUGAACAGAUUCCCGAGGGAGGUGAUACUUUCAGUGCUGGUCAGAAACAGCUAUUUUGUUUAGCUCGAGCAUUUUUACGUAAAAGUCGAAUUCUUAUCAUGGAUGAAGCCACGUCAUCCAUUGACUUCCAUACGGAUGCAAUAUUACAGAACGUUAUAAGUACGUCAUUUGCAGACAAGACUGUACUCACAAUUGCACAUCGCAUCUCAACCAUUCUUGAAUCUGACACUAUACUGGUACUGAGUGAUGGUGAAGUAAUUGAAUAUGACACACCAACGAAUCUGCUAAAGAACAAUAAGAAUAUGUUUGCAUCACUUGUCAAUGCUUCGCAAUAA